AUGGUAAUAAGCAGCUUCGAUUCAUCACUGUCCAAUGAAAAAAAAAAAACUCGAGCACAAGCUACAACAAUCAACGACAGCAAUCACCUAACAUUUAAUCGAGCAGCUGGAAAACCAACUAAACAGUCAAAAAAGGAAAUGAGGAAUAAAAAAGAUUUUUUCACUCGAUUAAAGUCAACAUUAUCGGAAGCAUUUCAUGUCUCACAAAAGGUGAAUGGAACCAGAGAUGCAAUCGAUUUAUCGUUAGUCCAUAUGUCCAAUAUUUCUUCUUGUACAACAACUGUUCAUAAUAAUGGAUCGGAUCAUUUUAUCCGAUCAGUUGGCAUUCCAUCUCAAAAGUAA